AUGCUUGUCCGCUCUCUGAAGAUCCCGCCCGCCUUUCUACUCCUCCUCGUCUUCCUUGCCUUCUUUGGAUGGCAGCUCAGCCAGGGCCCUUCUCAUGAAGAGGCCCCCGUAGACAUGUCUCCUGUGCCUGCCGAGGCGCCUCCCGAGAAGGGCACGCCCCGUAUCGCGCUCAUGACGUUUGUGACUGAAGAGCGCUCAUAUCACCACCUCUCACUCAAGAGCAAAGAUCAUUACGCCCGCCGCCAUGGCUACGAUCUCAUCGUUGAUUACGAGUCGCACACCGACCGCGCUGUUGUCUUUUGGAAGUACAACAUGGCCGAGCGUCUCAUCAAGACUGGCAGAUACGACUGGAUAUGGUGGCUCGACUUCGAUACGCUCGUGACCAACACAGAUAUCAAGGUCACCGACAUCAUCAAGGAGGAGCUCAAGAACGUCACUGACCCUGAUGCGAUCGAUUACCUCACCACCCAUGACUGCAAUGGCUACAACUCGGGCUCCUUCCUCGUCCGCGGUCACGAAAGGUCACUCAAGCUGAUACGCGAUUCCUUCGCCAUCCACGACGAGGCGAAGAAGAAGGACAAACAUAUGAGCGAGCAAGACGCUACAGUUCAGCUGCUCAAAGACGACAAGAUCAUGGCUGAGAGUGUGCACCAGGUGCCGCAAUGGAAGCUGAACGCCUUUCCACAGGAAAUUGCGUGCUUCGAUGACUCUCGACAGGUGUGGGAGCAUGGCACCUUCGUCGUACAUUUUGCUGGGGCAUGGGCACACGUCAAAGGUGAAGACCCUACCGGCCAGCUUAUGAAGAAGUACGAACAUGAGAUCAUCUGGGGUGAUUGGAGGGAGUUCUACGACCAGUAG